AUGCUAGUAGAAGCCACUGCGGACGCAGCGCUUCUGCAGCAACUGGACACAGAACUAAAGUGCCAAGUUCAGCCGGAAAAUUUCCGGGAAGUUUUGCUUCGGGUUUGUGAUCUGCUGCUGGACCAUCACGGAGGCCCUGUCCAAUACCUGCAGUCUGAACUGGGGGCAGAGCCUAAUGCUGCCUGGACUGCAUUUGCUGCAGACUUGGAAAGGCGUUUUCCACGCCGUCCAGACCUGACAUAUGUCGAUGGACUGCAAUACCCAGCUGGCUGCCAAGGCCAAGCUUCCGCAAUCAAGGUCAGCUUGUGGCAGUUGGGGUGGCAUCCAGAUUGUUCCUCGAAGCCACCAACGUUCAAACCAGCAGCCCGGAAGUUGGUGGAUGAAUUUUUGACACAUUCCUUUAUCACCGCUUCCGACAACCUGUUGCUGUAUCAAAGUGAGAGCUACCCUGGCAGGAUGGAAAAUCAGCAGGGCGCUCCAAUUUUUUUUACUCAUUAUGUCAAAGGAGCGGCACGUGCCAGCACAAUUCUGAUGUUGGCACAUGUCUUAGUAUGCAAGAUGGACCUUGAUGUUGCCUCAUUGAAUCCGCGGCUCUAUGACAGUAUGUUGGCUGUGUUCUGCAAAGAGUCCGACAUUCCCACAGAUGCGGUAGCCAUUGCUUUGGAAAAUGCAACCCUGAGUGCCCGUGGAGACAUCCGCAAACAGCAUGAUGUUAUCACAUGGCUGAGCAAGCUGUUGAUCCUGAAAGGCAAAGGCUUGUCACCCACUGAAGUCUUGCAGCGGUGGAAUGAGAGUGCAACACGCGAAGCAGCAGUGGUAGGAAAUAAGCGCACCGGUUUGCUACUGCUACUGAAGCUUCCUACAGAAUCAGCGCAGUUGCUCCUAAAACACAGCAGUACCUUCGGCAAUGACUCUGCGUUCAGCAAUGAAGUCUUCGCGCACAAACGAUUGCAUCCUGGCUACACCCCUCGUGGAAUGCCGCGGCAAUGGCAAACAAGAAUGACCGUCACUGUGGAUGGGUUCAACUUGUUCGUCCAAUAUGUCCAUGCCAGUCAAGCACGAAAGAUCAAGGAUAAUAGGAAGAACUGGGACAAAUCAGCGCUGGAAGAGACCCUGUCCAUGGCCCAGCUACUGACAUCCCUCAUGGUGGAAAUCCAGAACCAGCAUGCUGUCCACAAAGAUCUGCUUCUAGAGAAAGUCAUUCAUCCCUUUCUGGACUUUGACCCAAAUUUCGAGCUGGAACUCCAAUCUGCGUUGAGCGAGUGCAAAGCAGAGUUUCAACCAGCCGACAUCUCUAAGUUCAAGGAUGUAGUAGCGGUGGCCCUCGCUAAUCGAGAUUCAAAAAUGACAGCAAUUGGCCAAGGACCACGAAUCACAGCAGGCGAGCUGGAAAAGCAAGCGUUCGAGGUCAUGCUUGCAUCAGCAGAACAUGAUGUCCAAUCAUACCGCGCCUGGCGCACCAAGUGUCUGGACAGAGACAGUGCGCAGUAUUUCCAACAGCUUCAGCACACCGCAAGACGGCAGAAGCAGGCCAAGGAGAUCGCAGCCAGCGUGACAGCAGCAGGGCCAACAUGGCAAAUCCAGUUGGACAUCUUCAAAAAGCUGGACACUGCCAACUUUGCAAUUGUCACCGCCAUCGCUGACAAGAUCCAACGUCUGCACCAGUUGUCCGACCGAGAGUCCAUCCAUUGCAUUGCUUUCUUGAAUUGGUCUGCCCCUGCGAUUUUUUCAGCGCAGACUCAGAAGGCGCAGGCAGGUUUGUGCGGAGGCAUUGUGAACGGGCUUGGCCGCUCCAUUGGCGUGUGCUUAAGCCCCAUUCAUUUUUACAAACGAGGCAGCCUACACAAAGCAGAGCAGAAUUGCUUAACAUUGCUGACCAAUUCAGCGUUGAACACGGACACCCGCUUCGCAGUGGCGUAUGCCAGCAAGACAGAUGAGCGGGAGAAACGGCCAAUGCUCCACCCAGGCUUCAUCCUAUUCCCAGGGGGAACGGACGAGAGCGCAGCUCACAAGGUGCUUUGGCAAAUUUGGCGCACCUCAGGACUGCUAAGCAAAGGGGCCAUUACAGACGUCAGCAUGAACCCCUCACAGCAAAUGCAUGUCAUCGAGGACAUGAGAGACGACGCGCUACCAGAUUCGUCAGACACAGCCACGCAUUUGAGCCAGGUCGAGAAGGCGGUGCAGAUCGGCGAAGACGCUGCGCGCAAGGUCCUUCAGGCAGCUUUGCCUCAAGGCCUGAGCCGCGCAGCCAUCUUGGUGGUCGAUCUGAGUUCGCACACUCUGGAGUUGGCUAAGGCGUGCUACAAAGAGAGGGUAGCAAAGACUCAGCAGACUCCUAUCUAUUAUUUGGGUAUGGCAGAAAGUGAAAGUGAGUUGGAAUGGCAACGCCACCAUUUGGAGUCAUGGCUGAGUGAGGGCUACAUAGAUGGCUCAAUCGGGUUGCCCCCAGGCGCGCCAUCCCUGAUGCCCAAAGAAUUGCCUUCAGACGUGGUGACUGCCCUUCCACCAAAGCCUGAUCUGAACACCUUAGCAUGGAGUGCCAAGAAGGACGAAGUAGCGGGGCUGCCGACCUUAAAAACCCCCGACAAGAUCUUACAAGCGUGGCAUGACCACGCUGUCUACGGAAGCCGAUUCCAAGAAUGGCUAACACAAAGUCGGGCCGCCAUUCCAUUGGAUCUUUCUGAGUCCGCUUCAACCAAGGCAUCGUCAUCCAGCAACAAACGAGGCGCUCCAGGGACUUCGGAGUCAUUGGAGCCACCCCCAAAGGUCUUGAAAUCAACAACAAAAGAAGAAGAUGCCGCUGCCGCCGCCGCAGCAGCCAGCAUUCCUGUGACAAUUUCAGGGAGCGGUACCAAAGGAAAAAGCAGUGGAGGAGGAAAGUUGGUGAUAGCAGUGGGAAAGCGGGUGUUUAUCGUGAAUGAAGGCAGUGCAGAUCUUCUCCUGCAGCCUGGCUCAACCCUGGCAGGCUAUUACAAAGGAAAGUUUGUGGCACUGAAGAGCGGCCAGGAAGAGGCGCGUCUUGCUGAUGUCCCUUUCACGCUGACAGAUUCCACCGACUCAGUGCUGCACGAAAACAAGAUUCAGUCAGUGGGCCAGGUUGUGGCACAGAAGCGAGCGCUGACGCCAUUGAGCGCAAGCGUCUGCUACCACGAGCUGGUAGACCAGCCCAAUGCCGAAGAUGCGAAGCAUUUCAUCUUGACUUUGAAAAGCCCAAUUGCUUUUCGGCCUGAGAAUGCACCAACAACGGAAGACAAAAAGGACAAAGAUGGUUGCUACACAUUGCCGCAAACCAGCAUGGCUGGCUGCUUGGACACACUUGCAUGGGAAACCAAGCAUACCAGCAUCACCUGGGCAGUCAAGUGGCAAGCCAGAGGCUUGCAGCCAGUCCGGCCAGUGGUAGUGGUGACGCGCAAACUGACUGUGAAGGCUGGCCAGGCCGUGGAACUGGUCAAGUAG